AACCUACAUUUAAUAUAUUGCUCUCUUAAAAUGAUUAUUAUCACUUAUUACUAAUUUCUAAAUGUUGAAUAAUAUAUAUCUUGAUACCUUUCAGCCAGUGAAUGUGGAUGACCUGAACCAAUUGUUGGCGUACCAUGAGGUAUUCGGGAAGCUACAGGGUGGAGGUGUGGCUGGAGUAGGGGUAGGAGUAGUGGAGGGUGAGAGUACUGCUCCACCCCCGCCAAGAGUCCUGAGUCUGACGACAGUCCUGCCUCGCCACCUGGUGCUCAUCCCUGCGACCUUUGCGCCAAGGUCUUCCCCUACCGAUACCAGAUGAUUGUACAUCGACGUUACCACACAGAGAGAAAACCCUUUCAGUGCCAGGUAUGUGGACGAUCGUUUGAGAACAGUGAUGAACUAAGUCAGCAUGGAAAGAGCUGCCAUCAGGAGAACAACUCCAUGCUGACCUGUCAGGUAUGUUUCCACGUGUUUGCGAGUGCAGGGAGUCUGGGAGCGGCAUGCGCGGCGUCACUGCCUUGACAAACCAUACCAGUGCGCAGUAUGUAACAAGGCAUUUGGACGUAAAGAGCACUUGGAAAACCAUAGCCGCAGCCACUCGGGGGAGACCCCGUACCGCUGCCAAUACUGCGAGAAGAGCUUUAGUCGCAAGGAGCACAUGGUCAACCAUGUUCGGAAACAUACCGGUAGGUCACAGUUAACUUAGUAAAUGUUCUUUGUAGAUUGAUCUAGAAUUAUACCCUUAACCCUUUCUACCCCAACAGUCUAGAGCUUGUUUUCUUUUACCAGAUCAAUUUGUGGGACAAAACUGCAUAUUUAGUAUGUUAACCCUGAAUAAAGUAUUUCUUUCAUUUCUGAAAAGCUGAAGAUAUUUAUAUCUGUCAUCAAUAAAAAAGAAAUUUAUGUUUUAAACCAUAAAUCUUUAAAUAACUUUGUCGCAUUUUAACCCUUAACAGCCUAGUGUAGUUUAUAUGUACAUAGUAUGUAGAGUAUUUAUACAUAUUGUGGUACUUUCACUAAACAGUGGUAGGCUGUUAGGGGUUAAGCUAGAUAAAAUAUCAAUUGUAAUCCCUAAAAGUGUGAUGUAGAUAUGAGACACAGUAGUACAUUCAGUAAAAUGUCACAUCAUUACAAAUUAAUCUGGUAUAAAACAAAUAUCCAAAUAAAU